GCGCGGUGCAGUGCUGCGCGACGAGGCGCGGACCGCGAGGGCCUGUGGCGCCAGGCGCGGGUCGAGGGGACUGAAGAAGCCGCUUUACUCAAAGGAAGACAGAACGGAGGGCGCCGGGAAACAAGGGCAGAGAGUGGGCUCUGGGGCCACCGUGCCUCGCGUCUUUCCCAUAGCGGCCUAGGAAAAAUAGCCCAUCGCGGGCUGGACUUGUCAGGUCCAUGGUCCAGAGUGCGUGGACGCGCUGCGAGGCUGCGGCACAGGACAAGGUCUCGCGCUCCCCUUCGUGAUUGCCGAGCCUCGGGAGCGAAUUCGUGCUCUCCCGCCGCCCAUUGCACCAAAAUGCUCUUGGAAGUCCCGCUGCCCCCAGAGCCCUGUCAGGGGACCGGCCGGGCCGGCCCGUAUUGUGUGCAGCUCCCGGAUCCGGCUGCGUACCGGGAUUUAGAAGGGUGUUUGUGUAGGGACACGUUGCACAAGACAUAAUCGUAUUCUAAGAAAGAGGGCCCUCCGGUAUCCACCAUGGUGUUGGGUCCUGAACAAAAGAUGUCAAAUGAAAAUUCUUCUGGAGAUCAUGGAGACUCUGCCAGUCUUGAUGCCAUCAGCUCUACCUGCAGUAACUCCUCCUUUCCACAGUCCACCGGGCAAGCAGAGGAGCCUUUUGCCACCUACUUUGAUGAGAAGAUUGCCAUUCCUGAGGAGGAGUACUCUUGUUUCAGCUUUCGUAAACUCUGGGCAUUCACGGGACCAGGCUUUCUCAUGAGCAUCGCUUAUCUGGAUCCAGGAAACAUAGAGUCCGAUUUGCAGUCUGGAGCAGUGGCUGGAUUUAAGUUGCUCUGGGUCCUUCUGUUGGCCACCAUCGCGGGGCUGCUGCUCCAGCGCCUUGCAGCCAGACUGGGAGUGGUCACCGGGCUGCACCUUGCUGAAGUGUGUCACCGUCAGUAUCCCAAGGUCCCACGAAUCAUCCUGUGGCUGAUGGUGGAGUUGGCUAUCAUUGGCUCAGACAUGCAGGAAGUCAUUGGCUCAGCCAUCGCCAUCAAUCUCCUAUCAGUAGGAAGGGUCCCUUUAUGGGGUGGAGUUCUCAUCACUGUUGCAGAUACAUUUGUAUUUCUCUUCUUGGACAAAUACGGCUUGCGGAAGCUAGAAGCAUUUUUUGGCUUUCUCAUCACUGUGAUGGCCAUCACAUUUGGAUAUGAGUAUAUUACAGUGCAACCCAACCAGAGCCAGGUUCUCAGGGGCUUGUUCGUGCCAUCUUGCCCUGGCUGUCACACCCCACAGAUUGAGCAGGCUGUAGGCAUCGUGGGAGCUGUCAUCAUGCCACACAACAUGUACUUACAUUCUGCCUUAGUCAAGUCUAGACAGGUAAACCGGGCCAAUAAGCAAGAAGUUCGAGAAGCCAACAAGUACUUUUUUAUUGAAUCCUGCAUUGCCCUUUUUGUAUCCUUCAUCAUCAACGUCUUUGUCGUCUCAGUCUUUGCUGAAGCAUUUUUUGAGAAAACCAACCAGCAGGUGGUGGAUGUCUGUACAAAUAGCAGCAGUCCCUAUGCUGGCCUCUUUCCUGCAGAUAACUCAACCCUGGCUGUGGACAUCUACAAAGGGGGUGUUGUGCUGGGUUGUUACUUUGGGCCUGCCACACUCUACAUCUGGGCAGUGGGGAUCCUGGCUGCAGGACAGAGCUCCACUAUGACAGGAACCUAUUCUGGCCAGUUUGUCAUGGAGGGAUUCCUGAACCUAAGAUGGUCCCGAUUUGCCCGAGUGAUUCUGACUCGCUCUAUUGCCAUCAUUCCCACCCUGCUUGUUGCUAUCUUCCAAGAUGUAGAGCAUCUAACAGGGAUGAAUGACUUCUUAAAUGUUCUCCAGAGCUUGCAGCUUCCCUUUGCCCUCAUACCCAUCCUCACAUUCACAAGCUUGCGGCCAGUGAUGAAUGAGUUUUCCAAUGGAAUAGGCUGGAGGAUUGCAGGUGGGCUCUUGGUCCUUAUCGUCUGUUCCAUCAACAUGUACUUUGUAGUAGUUUAUGUCCAGGAACUAGGACAUCUAGUCUUAUAUGUGGUAGCUGCCGUGAUCAGUGUGGCUUACCUGAGCUUUGUGUUCUACUUGGGUUGGCAGUGUUUGAUUGCACUGGGCUUGUCCUUCCUGGACUGUGGGCACACGUAUCACCUGGGGUUGACAGCUCAGCCUGAGCUCUAUCUUCUCAACACCGUGGAUGCUGACUCACUCGUGUCUAGAUGACUGAAGUCCGCCUGAGAUACUGUCCAAGAACUGCUCUGUCUGUGCCCCUUUGUGCCAUGUGUCUGUUAACAUCUCUGUUAGUUCAGAGGUGAGUUUUGUUCAAACAUUUUGAACAAAAGAUGAAGAUUUCCUCGUGGGAAUUGUGUUACAAGCUGACAUCUCAAAGUGUAGGGCAGAGACCCACCUACCUCACAGCAGCCAUAGCGCAGCAGAGUUAAAUGAUUGGCCUGUGAUAGCGACACACCCUAUGGGCUGUAUCUUCUAAGAUUUAGAAACUAUGGAUGUAGUUAGGUACAUCUGAGCAUAUCAGUUAGGUGGAAUUUUAAGAUUAUCUAAAAGUAGUAGAUCUUUUGUAUUUUUUUAAAUAUAUUUUUCAGGAAAGUCUGAUAUUUAUUCUGUUUGGGUCACAACUGAGAAAAGAAAGGGAAUAAUGCUUUUUUUCAUAGUGAACCGGUCAAACUGAUUGUCUUUAAAGUGAUUCUUUACUUUGUUCAUCAUCAACAGGAUUAGAUACUUAGUAACUACUGAUAUUAGCACAUCAUUUCUAAAGAAAAGAUUUCAUCUAUCUGGUGAUCAUGUUUCAUUCUGGCCAUCAGCCUGCUGUGUAGUCACUAUCUUCAUUGUCACUUUUUUCAGAAUUGUUUUCUGGCUGUGAUGGUCUUCCUUUACCAUUGUAAUAUAUAGUAAUAAGAUUCAGAAACUAUAUUUUAAUCAAGGAUUAGUUUUCCAUGCUGCAGUGUAUUGGCCAAUUCUGAUGUUCAAAUUGAGGGGGAAAAAAGAAGAAACUAAUGAUGUUUAACUGUGUUAAAUCCUAAUGCAAGGCAAUAGAGAUAUUAAUCUCUAGAGUCAGUAUAAUUCUACAGUGUCUUUCUAUCUACUUUUCCCAUUAUCACUCCAAAUAUCAUUUCUAGGUCCUUGGUCUAUUUCUAGGAAUAGCUAAUAUUUAUAUUAUUGAGUCUCCUAGGAAAUGCUAAGCAUUUCACUUUAAGAUAUUUAUGCCAAGUAGUGUGAGGUUAAUACUAGUCCAGGACAUAGAUUGGCCCACGUAUUGUACCUUCCUAUAGAAUUUUUUUAAACUCCUGUUCCUAAUCAUGAAUUUUUUACCUUAAAAUUUUGUGAUAAAAAUAGUUCAUAUCUAAAAAUAAAGUUUUGGGCUGAGGAUAUAGUCCAGUGGCACAGCACCUGCCUGGUGAGUGGGUCCUGAGUUUGAGUCCCAGUACCAAAAGUAAAUAAAUAAAAAUAUAGUUUUAAGGGCUGGGGAUUUAGCUCAGUGGCAUACGCGCCUGCUUUACAAGCACCAGGUCAUGAGUUCAAUCUCCUGGAUACCAAAAAAUAUACAUGUAUAUCUAUGGUUUCAAGAUAAGGGUAUAGUUCUUGUCUGGUAUACAGAAGGCCUCUGGCCCUGUCCCCAAGACUGGGAGGGAAAGAAAGUAAGAAGUUUUAAUGUAAUUAUCUGAUUGAAAAGUGAGAUUGACAACACUGAACUAACAUUCCUGCAUGGAACUGCAUUUGGCUGGAAAGGAAUGGCAGCUAUCCAUUUUCAGUGCUGUAUACUGCAGGGUGCUGUACUCCCCAUCAUGUCACUCCUUUCCUGACAGGUCCCACAGUUUUUGUGUGACAUUAAAUACUCCACUUCUCAUUCAACAUUAAAUACACGACCUCUCUGCCCUCUUUUAAAAUUUAUUACCUUUUAAUAAGACCCUUCCUUUUUUCUUUGGUGGAUCUUGGGAUUGAACCCAGGGCCUUGGGCAUGCUAACAAAUGCUCUAUCCCUCUACAGUGUGAGACUUUUAUCUUUAAAUCUAGACACUGCCUAGCUUCAUUUCUAAUGGUUUGACCCUCUAAAUGACAGGGAAUUUUCUAAAAUGAAACUUUAAAAUUCCUUCAUUUCAAUUUCAGGUGCUCUUGAGACUAGGUAAGAGUAGCAGUUCUGCACCCUAGGUUAGGGUCCUUCUGAUAUUAAAAUAGAGGGCAAAUUAGCAUCAUUUACAAGUGCUCACUUGAAAACUUGAAGUUUCACUGUUCUGAUAGUAACUAAAUAAGUUUCAUAUAGUAACUCUAGGUAACCAGUUUGUUAGAUUUCCCACUCUCCCUUGGCAAUUCCAUUUUUCAUUUAUUAUCAAAGAAUGUUGGCGAAAGGUUAAAACAGUGGGGAAAUCCUAUUUACAACUGAUAAGAGAAUCAGGUGAUUGGUUAAACUGAAGUACUGGAAGAUUUCUGUAGCUCUUUUCUUUUUAAUGUAUGUUACUGGGAACAGAAUUGAGUUUUAAAAAGUUUACAAGUAUUCUCCAAGAACACUCAACUCCUGUAAUCAGAAAAUAUGAUGAUAAACUGCAUCACACUAAAACCAGUAGAGGAGAUUGAUAUUUAAAGAAUGAAUUGUGGGUGAGCAUUUUUACAAAAUUAAGAAUAUUUAAUCAUUCUCUAAUUUGUGUUAUACGAAUCUCAAUAUCUAUGUGACAUGUACUUAUGCAUUGUAUUGGUUUUAUUUCAUCGUAAUGAAAUACAUGAGGUGGAUUAUUUUACAAAGUAAAGCUGUUUAUUUAGCUCACAAUUCUGGAAGUGCAAAGGCAGGGUGCUGACUUUUGCUCAAUCUAAUAAAGGACUUUGGCUGUGUCA